AUGCCGCGCUCUAUUCGCGUACGUCACGGCGACCCCGACGUGGCCGAGGGCGCCUUGACGAUAGAGGUGCCCUCUUCGCCGGAUGCAGAUAACAAAGCUGUCGGCGACGCGAGAACCCCCGUAGCAUCGCUUGGGGCAUCCUCAGCGUUCUUUACGACGUACAGUACCGUCUCUGGCGAUGUGGCGCACCCCUGUGCGAACAUUGCCAGCGGCGCCGCCCCCUCGGACGAGGUCUCGCCCCUCACCAGCGCUCUUUUCAUGUCGGUCGACUCCACCCCGUUGGCCAGCUCAUGUGCAACGAAGACGGCGGCUAGCUUGGUGAACGUGAGGAGCUUUAAUAGCAGCGCCACCGUAGUUAGUGUUGAGUUGCCGAAUCUGCAGAGCGAGCACGCUGCCAUGACGGCGACCUCUUGCUUCGCUACUAGGUCGAGAGAUACAGAGGCGCCGGCAGCGGCAGCGGCGGCCAGCGCCACGAAUCCACCGCCACUACGGCAUCCGCUGGGGAGUGCUCCGAUUGAGGGCGGUGGCGGUCAGACGCAACUUGCUGGCGAGGCGGACACCCCAGUGCAGGAUCGCACCGCUGCGCCUUCCUCUUCUCCCCUGAUGGCAAAGGCCAGCGUCAGUGCGUCUUUCAGCGGAGACAGCAGCAAGCGAUGCUCCCAUACUGUGCAGAGCGGCCUAUCAGAUGAUCUCCAGCUCACUCAGACGACGUGCUACCUGCCCCUGCUCGGCUCUGCCGGAAGCCGCGAGGUGCAGCGGAGUGGCGAUGACAUCGACGCUCGGUGGGUGGCUGAGAGGGAGAGCGUGCCGGCAGCAGAGCCUGCACGGACAACGGUGGGCAAUGACAGCUUUCCUGCUGAGGGAAGCGAAGGUGCGAUGGUUGCUACGACACAGUCUGCGUCGACGGAUGUGCGUGCUGCUGCGUGCACGGUGCCAGCUAGCAACAUCAGUAACACUGUCGCGGCAACUGCGACCGACGUUGCCGCACCUCUCUGUCCCAAAUUCGAGGUACUGGCGACGGUUCCAGCGCCUCUAGUUGGGCGAGUGCCGAUACGCAUCCACUGGUGCUGCGCGGCUCACUGGCGCGCAGUGCAGCGCACAGAGCGAGGGGCUCAGUGGGCCGUCGACGGCGCCCCUGCGGAUGUGUAUUGUGUACCAGCCCACCGGAAUGCGAAGAGGGAGCGACGGAGCUUGUCGGCCUCUUGCGUGGAGGCCAAGUCGGAGUCGGAGCGGGGCGGCAGGAGUUUCUCGGGCACGGGCGAGAACACCGCCUGGCUCCGUGAUGCGGCGGGUGAGGUAAAGCCGCAGCACUGGGAGGUGCGGGCCCUUUCGUCAGCUGUUGGUGCGCCCGGCUCAACGUUGUACGACGACAGCAACUAUGACGCCGAGCACGAGAAACACGGUUCGCUUAAGACUCGCUCGGGCUUGCCGCACGUGCACAGCCACAGCUGCACUGACAUGCUGACGUGCGAGUUCUGCGGCCACGCUGUCGAGAGGUACCACUCUGAGGACUGCGACGACGAGGCGUCGGAGGCUAGCACAUCGAUGACUCAGACGGGGCGUGCGUGCAGCGCUCCGCCUGGGCGGUUUCAGGACUGUCAUGGCUGUGCUUCGGCAGAAGCGCGGUCGCUAUCUUCUUCCAAAAUUGUGGCGUUCAGGUCGAAUCAGCCGAGCAUCUUGACGCCGCAGCUGUUGCUGUCCUCUUCGGAGUCGGCAGAGACGACGGUGGACUUGGACAUGAGCGGCGCCAUCUCGUCCGUCGAUGUGCCGUCGUGGUCAGACAGCGCACGUGAAGAGGCGCUGAUGGCAGCCGUCGCACUACUCCAGUAG